GUGUCUCACCUGGGCGGCAUCCAGCACCUGGUUGACCUGCUCGACCACAAGGUGGCAGAGGUUCAGAAGAGCGCCUGCGGGGCCCUGAGGAACCUGGUGUACAGCAAGGCCACCGACAACAACAAGGUGGCGCUGAGGAACUGCGGCGGCGUGCCCGCGCUACUGCGACUCCUCCGUAAAACCACAGACAACGAAGUUCGCGAGCUGGUCACUGGUGUCCUGUGGAACCUCUCCUCGUGCGACGCAGUGAAGAUGACCAUCAUCCGUGACGCACUGAGCACGCUGACCAACACGGUCGUCAUCCCCCACUCGGGCUGGAGCACCGUCUCUCACCGCGACGAACACAAGGUCAAGUUCCAGUCGUCCCUGCUGCUGCGAAACACCACCGGCUGCCUGAG